GGGGCCUUUUCAACCGUGGCCCCCCUUUUUUACUCAACUGCCCUUGCUUAUUUUUCCGUCACAACUUUGAACCAAAGGGUACCACUGGAACUUGACUACACAGAAGAAACCCAGAUUGCGUUUUCACUUUCGUUUUCUCUGUCUCAACUCAAUCUCUUUUCGUCUGAAACACCUUCACCAUCUUCGCCAUGGUUUCUGAAACACCUCGCCAUGAAAGAAGAACAACAUCUAGGACAAAUAUGAGACCUAACAACAGAUUUCAACCCAGGUUAUUCGAUUCUUAAUCUUAUUCUUCUUUAAUUUUGAAAAUUUCAGUCACCGAUUUUGACCUAAUUUUUGGCUUCUCAUUUCAGCAACCAUUGCAACUGCUUUCCAUGAAAGAAGAUUUCAAUCCGGCACCAUUGCAAUUGCUUUCCAUUUCUUAUGAUAUCGAAACAUGUGAAACCUUAACAUCACAUUUCAACCCAGAUGAAAAACUGAUCGAUCAUAGUCGUCGAAAUAAGGAGACUAAGAAUCCAAGAAAUCUAUGGAGUUUACCUCCAGACUUUAAGAUUGCUCAUUUUUUCCCCCAUGGAUUCAAGCAGGUCACCUUUGCGGGAGAAAGCAAAUCUUUUACAUCCGAAGAUGAAUAUGUUGUGCAGCCGGGGAUUCCAGUCGGUGAUGUGGAUGAACCUUGCGUGAGCAAGGAAUUUUUUUUAUCUUUGCAAAAUAUAGCAUAAGAAAAUAUACAUUUUAUAUGAACAUGCAUUAUUGAUUGAAAAAUUAUUAAAUGAAGAGAUUGUUUUGUUUUUGAAUGGAA